GAGUUCGUGCAUUUAAUGGAAACAUAAUUAUUCUACAGCAAUGGGUGUUAUCUUUAAUUUAAGUCGCAAUCAUUACCUUGUGCUCGGAAUUGUGUGCGGCUUCCUGUUUAGCUACUAUUCACCGCACGAUUAUACAGAAUACGUAGCGGAAUGCCCAGAGGUGACGGAAAAUGCCGAUACACUGCUAAACUUGGAGCACAACAACGAAUUCGAGCCACAGCUCAACCUAGACCAGAAGCCAAUGAUAGCAAAGAAGACGGUAAAAAACAUUAUACGUCCACGCUAUUAUUAUUCCGAGCUAGGAAUCAGAGAGAAACUUUUCGUGGGCGUGCUGACAACGACGGAAAAUGUGGACACGUUUGCAACCGCAAUCAAUCGUACCGCUGCUCAUCUGGUGAACAAAAUAAAAUUCUUCAUCCAUGCAGACAAUGUUAAGUCAAACUUUAAUCUGAAGAAUAUAGUAGGAUUUACGGAUACGCGAGAACAUCUGCGCCCGUUCCAUAUGCUCAAAUAUCUCGCCGAUAACUAUCUGGAUGAAUACGACUUCUUUCUGCUGCUAACCGAUACGACGUACGUCAAUGCUCGCACAGUGCGACAACAUCUGCAGCAUCUAAGCAUAACACUGGAUGUGUACAUGGGUACAAAGCUGGACGACAGUGGGUAUAACCGGGAGGAUAGCGAAGAACCUACGCGUAACGAUUAUUGCGAUCUGCAUGCGGGCAUUAUACUGAGUAGUGGUGUGAUUAGAAAAAUCAGAGCGAAUCUCGAUUGGUGCGUACGUAACUCGAUUUCCAACAACCACAGCGCCAACAUCGGGAAAUGUGUAAAAUAUUCAACAAAAAUUAAUUCAUGCCAUCAGUCCUGGCAGGGUAUCGAUGUAUCUAGCUACCAUUUGAGUAGUUACAAAAUUUAUCGCGACUUCCAUCUGAUCGCCAGGGAGGAACGGUUCAACAGCGCAGCCAUGAUCUACCCUAUUACCACGACGGACGAUUUCUAUCUGCUGCACGCAUAUUUCUCCCGCUUACAUCUGAAGCAAAACAGUGAGGUGAAGCGUACGUUGCUUGAGGAGGCGAUGCAAAUUUCCAAUGGUACGCUUUCGAACGACAUCCUUGAAGUUCGAUGGCCGCUAGGAGUUCCAAAAUCGAAUCCACCCGAAUCGCGACACGAUGUUGUACCGUGGAUAGCGCUAAACACUACACACUCGUUCAUGUGGAAUUCCGAGGUAAACGUUCAACGGUUAUCAGCGGUCGACGAGGAAGACAUGCGGAAUGUGCUGAAUAAAACUGUACUAGAAGCGACGCGAAACAAUCCGGAUGCAGAGUUUCGAGGAAUUCACACCGCUUACAAGCGCUUUGACGCUGUCCGGGGGAUGGAUUAUCGGCUAUUGCUGAAUUUCUACGACCGACGGUUAAAAAAGAUGGUAAAGAAAAGCUUUGAAGUAAUUAAACCGAUUAGUUUGAUCGAAAUAGUUCCCUCGCCGUAUGUAACCGAAAGUACACGCGUGGCGAUAUUGUUGCCAACUUUUGAAGAUCAAGUCCUCGAAACAGAGCAGUUUCUAGAGAGUUAUGAGAAAACGUGUAUGGACAGUCAGGAUAAUACGUUUCUUAUGCUAAUUUUUAUGUACCGCGCUGAAACACCCAGCAAGGGCGAUGAGGAUGUGUUUCUUCCGUUGAAGAAUAUUGCUUUAGCAUUAACGGAAAAGCAUAAGCAGGAUGGAUCAAGGGUGGCUUGGGUUUCGAUUCGGUUGCCAAUAGAGAUUAGUUCGAAAGUUAGUAGCAACAAUCAUUACUAUAGCUCGUUUUACGGUCCUCACACACGCAUGAGUUUUGCUGCCGUCGAUCUAGCAUUACGGAAGAUAGGGCUGGAAAGCUUAGUUAUGUUAUGUUCAAACGCAGCAUCGUUUCGUCCAGAUUUUCUUAAUCGUGUCCGGAUGAAUACCAUCCAAGGAUUUCAAGUUUACAGUCCGAUCGGCUUCAUGAUGUAUCCCUGUGAGUGGACUGGGCUCUGUAAACCGUGUGAAAACUGUGAUGUUGGUCAAAGUAGCGGUUACUUCGAUAGGGGUAAUUAUGAUGUAGUAUCAUUUUACAGUAACGAUUACGUGUUUGCACGCAAACAACUCGAACAACUAUUACCAAUUGUUCGAACCGAUCGAGAUAUUGAGAAUUUAAUAGCAACAAAUUCCACACAGUCCGGUAAUAGCGGUGCGAUAUCGAACAUAAUAGAGCUAUUUACGUUGAGCAACAGUAAAAUACACGUGCUGCGAGCAAUUGAACCGAACCUUCGCUAUGGGCGAAGUAUCAGUAAUGUAUUAUCUAACGAUCCUUACGGAGAACUGUUCGCUAAAUUGCAAUGUUCGGACGAAUCGGACCGUAGACAGUGCAUUCGAAUUGCGUCAAAGAAACAGAUAGGAGAUGUGUUUGUACAAUACAGUAAACAGUUCGAAACCCGCGAGGUUGUGUAG